AUGUCGCCGAUCGCCGGCGAGACCAAGAAGCGGACCUGCUACUUCUUCGACUCGGACAUUGGAAACUACCACUACGGCCCGUCGCACCCGAUGAAGCCGCACCGCAUCCGCAUGACGCACUCGCUCGUCAUGAACUACGGCCUGUACAAGAAGAUGGAGAUCUUUCGCGCAAAACCCGCCACACGCAAGGAGAUGGCGCAGUUCCACACGGACGAGUACGUCGACUUUCUCGGGCGCGUCACGCCCGACUUGGUCGAGGCGGCGGCUGAGGGCAGCGGUGGGCCCAAGGUCGCAGGGCUCGCGAGGGAAAUGAGCAGGUUCAACGUCGCCGACGACUGCCCGGUCUUUGACGGCCUCUUUGAGUACUGCUCGAUCUCGGCCGGCGGUUCUAUGGAGGGUGCCGCUCGGCUCUCGCGCGACAAGUGCGACAUCGCGAUCAACUGGGCCGGCGGCCUGCAUCACGCCAAGAAGGCCGAGGCGAGCGGCUUCUGCUACAUCAACGACAUCGUCCUCGGCAUCCUCGAGCUCUUGCGGUACCACCCUCGCGUCCUGUACGUCGACAUCGACGUCCACCACGGCGACGGCGUCGAGGAGGCGUUCUACACGACCGACCGCGUCAUGACGUGCUCGUUCCACAAGUACGGCGAGUUCUUCCCGGGCACGGGCGACCUCAAGGACAUCGGGUACAACAAGGGCCGCAACUACUCGGUCAACGUGCCGCUGCGCGAUGGCAUCAACGACGACAACUACCGCAGCGUGUUUGAGCCCGUCAUCUCGCAGAUCAUGGAGUGGUACCAGCCGUCAGCGGUCGUGCUGCAGUGCGGCGGCGACUCGCUCUCGGGCGACCGUCUCGGCACCCUCAACCUCUCGAUGCGCGGUCACGCCAACUGCGUCCAGUUCAUCAAGUCGUUCGGCCUGCCGCUCCUCAUCCUCGGUGGCGGCGGCUACACGAUCCGCAACGUCGCACGGACCUGGGCGUUCGAGACGGGCCUCGCUGCGGGCAUGGAGCUCGGUACCAACAUCCCGAUGAACGAGUACUACGAGUACUUUGGCCCGACGUACCGCCUCGACGUGCCGCAGAGCAACACCGAGGACAUGAACACGCCCGAGUACCUCGACAAGAUCAAGGCGCAGGUGUUCGAGAACCUGCGGCAGACGGCCGGCGGCGCGGCCCCGAGCGUGCAGACGCAGCGUGAGUCGCUCAAGGCGCGCGCGUCGGUCGCCCUGCUCCUCAUCGAGCAGGCAUACUGA